GCGCCGCCUCGCGGGGAUGAAGCACUGGCCGUGAAGAUGGAGGUGACCUGCCUUCUACUUCUGGCGCUGAUCCCCUUCCACUGUCGGGGACAAGGAGUCUACGCCCCAGCCCAGGCCCAGAUCGUGCACGCAGGGCAGGCCUGUGUGGUGAAGGAGGACAACAUCAGCGAGCGAGUCUACACCAUCCGGGAGAGCGACACCCUGGUGCUGCAGUGCCUAGUCACUGGGCACCCCCGGCCCCAGGUGCGGUGGACCAAGACUGCUGGCAGCGCGUCUGACAAGUUCCAGGAGACGUCUGUGUUCAACGAGACGCUGCGGAUCGAGCGCAUCGCCCGCACGCAGGGCGGCCGCUACUACUGCAAGGCGGAGAAUGGGGUGGGAGUGCCGGCCAUCAAGUCCAUCCGCGUGGAUGUGCAGUACUUGGAUGCGCCCGUGCUGACGGUACACCAGACAGUGAGUGACGUCCGAGGCAACUUCUACCAGGAGAAGACGGUAUUUCUACGCUGCACCGUCAGCUCCAACCCACCCGCCCGCUUCAUCUGGAAGAGGGGCUCCGACACCCUCUCCCACAGCCAGGACAACGGGGUUGACAUCUAUGAGCCUCUCUACACCCAGGGGGAAACAAAGGUCUUGAAGCUGAAGAACCUGCGGCCCCAAGACUACGCCAGCUACACCUGCCAGGUGUCCGUGCGUAACGUGUGUGGCAUCCCCGAUAAGGCCAUCACCUUCCGGCUCACCAACACCACAGCACCGCCAGCCUUGAAGCUGUCUGUGAACGAGACCCUGGUGGUGAACCCCGGGGAGAACGUGACGGUGCGGUGUCUACUGACGGGCGGCGACCCCCUGCCCCAGCUGCACUGGUCCCACGGACCCGGCCCGCUGCCCCUGGGUGCUCUGGCUCAGGGUGGCACCCUCAGCAUCCCUUCAGUGCAGGCCCGGGACUCUGGCUACUACAACUGUACAGCCACCAACAACGUAGGCAACCCAGCCAAGAAGACGGUCAACCUGCUGGUGCGAUCCUUGAAGAAUGCCACAUUCCAGAUCACCCCCGACAUGAUCAAAGAGAGUGAGAACAUUCAACUCGGCCAGGACCUGAAGCUUUCAUGCCACGUGGAUGCGGUGCCCCAGGAGAAGGUGGCUUACCAGUGGUUCAAAAACGGCAAGCCGGCACGCAUGUCCAAGCGGCUGUUGGUGACCCGCAAUGACCCUGAGCUGCCCCCUGUCACCAGCAGCCUGGAGCUCAUUGACCUGCACUUCAGUGACUACGGCACUUACUUGUGCUUGGCUUCUUUCCCGGGAUCGCCGGUGCCUGACCUCAGCAUUGAGGUCAACAUCUCCUCCGAGACAGUGCCGCCCACCAUCAGUGUGCCCAAGGGCCGCUCCGUGGUGACGGUGCGCGAGGGCUCUCCUGCCGAGCUCCAGUGUGAAGUGCGCGGCAAGCCCCGGCCGCCGGUGCUGUGGUCUCGCGUGGACAAGGAGGCCGCCCUGCUGCCCUCAGGGCUGGCCCUGGAAGAGACCCCGGAUGGGAAGCUGCGGCUGGAGCGCGUGAGCCGCGACAUGAGCGGCACCUACCGCUGCCAGACGGCUCGCUACAAUGGCUUCAACGUACGAUCCCGGGAGGCUCAGGUGCAGCUGACGGUGCACUUCCCGCCAGAGGUGGAGCCCAGUUCCCAGGACGUGCGCCAGGCGCUGGGCCGGCCGGUGCUCCUGCGCUGCUCGCUCCUGCGCGGCAGCCCCCAGCGCAUCGCCUCGGCCGUGUGGCGCUUCAAAGGACAGCUGCUGCCCCCGCCGCCGGUCGUCCCCGCCGCCGCCACCGAGGCCACCGAUCACGCCGAGCUGCGCCUGGACGCCCUGACCCGUGACAGCAGCGGCAGCUACGAGUGCAGCGUCUCCAACGACGUGGGCUCAGCCACCUGCCUCUUCCAGGUCUCCGCCAAAGCCUACAGCCCGGAGUUUUACUUCGACACCCCCAACCCCACCCGCAGCCACAAGCUGUCCAAGAACUACUCCUACGUGCUACAGUGGACGCAGAGGGAGCCCGACGCCGUGGACCCCGUGCUUAACUACAGACUCAGCAUCCGCCAGUUGAACCAGCACAAUGCCAUGGUCAAGGCCAUCCCUGUGCGGCGUGUGGAGAAGGGGCAGCUGCUGGAGUACAUCCUGACUGACCUGCGUGUGCCCCACAGCUAUGAGAUCCGCCUCACACCCUACACCACCUUUGGGGCUGGUGACAUGGCUUCCCGAAUCAUCCACUACACAGAGCCCAUCAACUCGCCCAACCUAUCAGACAACACCUGUCACUUCGAGGAUGAGAAGAUCUGCGGUUACACCCAGGAUCUGACAGACAACUUCGACUGGACUCGGCAGAAUGCUCUUACCCAGAAUCCCAAGCGUUCUCCUAAUACUGGCCCCCCGACUGAUAUCAGUGGCACCCCUGAAGGCUAUUACAUGUUCAUUGAGACAUCCAGGCCCCGGGAGCUGGGGGACCGAGCCAGGUUGGUGAGUCCCCUGUACAAUGCCAGCGCCAAGUUCUACUGUGUCUCUUUCUUCUACCACAUGUAUGGGAAACACAUCGGCUCCCUCAACCUUCUGGUGCGGUCCAGGAACAAAGGCACGCUAGAUACACAUGCCUGGUCCCUCAGCGGCAAUAAGGGCAACGUGUGGCAGCAGGCCCAUGUGCCCAUCAACCCCAGUGGGCCCUUCCAGAUUAUUUUUGAGGGGGUUCGAGGCUCGGGCUACCUGGGGGAUAUUGCCAUAGAUGAUGUCACACUGAAGAAGGGAGAAUGUCCCCGGAGGCAGAUGGAUCCCAACAAAGUGGUGGUGAUGCCAGGCAGCGGAGCCCCCAGCCUGUCCGGCCUGCAGCUUUGGGGAUCCACGGCCAUCUUCCUCUUGGCAUUGCAGAGAUGAUGAGAGCUGUGUGGGCCCCCCACCCCACCCCGCCCCCGGCACACCAAAGUGUCCACAUCGUACCAAAGACUGACCCCUGCCAGCCGGGGUGCCCAGGGGCGGGGCCGGCCCGCCAGGGAGGGGGGCCUUCAUUGGCUGCAAGGAUGAGCGGAGAACACGGACAGAGGCCCGGCCAGGCUCUGAUGGUUGUUCAACACACGCACACACUCACACACACACACUCACACACACACACUCACACACACACACAGAUCUAUUAAAGCACAAGUUUCUAUCCGACCUGCCAGCACCUUCUUUACUCUGGAGACAAGGGACUUAGCUGGACGGCGUCCGACACCUCCGAGGACCUCGGUGCGACGCCGGCCUCAUCUUGGCUGCACUUGACCUUGCCCUGUCCCCUGACUGACUCAAGGCCGAACUCCAGCCCAGACAGAGGCUUGCCAGAAGGAGCCGGAUGUGGGCACACACAUCAGACUUGCGCUGCUCGGAUGGAGGUCACAGGGGUCAGAGGCAGGCCAGGUGGGACCUCUCUGACUGAGAAGGAAGGGGCACCUGCUGCAGGCAGGCAACUGUCCCCAGAGUGUGGAGACAGGCUGGAUGGUUGAGGUACCAGUCAACUCAGACCCACCUGUCCCUCAGAUGUCAUACUCCCCCCCUCCCACUGCACCCACUUGGAAGGGACCCAGCCCAGGGCUUAAGGUAUGUGCAGUGUGUCCCAGCUUGGGGCUUCUGGAGAAACUGGUGGUGUGAGGAGUGUCCAUGCCAUGCUCCCGGGUGGGGCUUGGCUUUGAGAGAGCACAGAGUCUUCCCCUUCCUGCCUCUGUGAUUCCAUGUUCCCACAGAGAACCGUGAGCUCAUGAGUGGAGUGGACCCCCUGUUUCUUAGGUAGUUAGUCUGACAGGGAGUUCUGGAGGGAGGGGGCCAUGGAGGAUAGGACACUGUCUAGCCAGCUCUGGAGCUCUGGGGUGAUGGAUGGAGAUGGCUGCAUCUCCUUGUUCCCUGGGAGCUGGGAAGAGCUUUGUCCUUGGAGCUUGAAAUUGAUGGGAUAGGAUCUAGAACUUCCCUCUCUGUUCCUCUUGACCCCCUGCCCAGCUUCCACGGGAGAGCAGAAUCCUAGCCCCUUCUUGAGUGAGUCUUUACACGUGCAUGUGGGUGUGUCUGUGUAUCUGUGUGCAAGAGUGUCUGUGUGUCUCUGAGUAUGUAAGAGUGUGUGUGCCCAUCUGUGUCUGUGUGUCUCUGAGUGUGUAAGCGUGUGUGUGCCCAUCUGUGUCCGUGCACCACUGUGCACAUCCCUGGACGGGAGUGUGCAGGAAUAUGAGGUUGAGCAUAGUAAGCCCAGUCCCCGUGGGUGACUGUCAGUGUGCAUUUUCACCUUAGUGACAUGGUAUGUUUGUGGGGUGCUGGCCUUAGUUACAGUCUCAGACUGCCUGCCGCAGCCUAAAUCUUUCCUCUCCUGUGGAUGACAAAGAACUUGGAGAUGACCCUAUUGAAGGCUAGCCGCUUGGCUGAAGGUGCCGUACAGGGCUCUUCCUUGUGCAUUUGGGGGGGGGGGGACAGCCUCAGAGAAGAGGCUUGGGACCCCAGCAGCACCAUAGCACCAGGAGGCACAUUGAGGAUCAGGAUCCUUGCUGCCCAGCCCCCAACUCCACCUGGCCUAUGUCAUCAUCGUCUUCAUCAUCAUCAUCAUCAUCAUCAUCAUCAUCAUCAUCAUCAUCGGCUGCUGGGUAGUCAGGCCAGGCUACAGCGGGACCUUCUGGUACCCAACCAGCAUGGCUGCCUUCCUGGCCCUUUGGAGGCCUCUGUCUGAAGAGAGUUUCUCUGGUCUCCAGGACACGCUCCCAUGGCAUCUGCCGGUAUUGCUCCCUGACUGUCCCAUCUGUGAGGAGUCUGUUGCCCCAGCUAGACUGCAAGCCCCUCCCCCUCUGAGCCCCUCCUCCAUUCUUGCUGGUGUAAGGGAGACCCAGGUGGAAACCAGGUGGAAUGGAUUCCAUAAGCCAACGGUCCCUGGCCCUGACUAUAGAACCGACCCUCCGGGGUCUUUUUAAAAGUGCGAAUGCUUGGGCCUCAGCCCGGGGUGAGGGUGAGAUUUAAUGGUGUGGGAAUACAGCCUGGCAUUAGAAACAGUGAGAAGUCCCUUAGGACACCCCAAGAGGGGAAGCUCACAUCCUCUCAACUCCAGGGCCAUGCUGGAGAACCAGCUCCACUUCUUCCUCCUUAGGGUUCCCACCCCACCCCAAGCCUGCUCCCCCACAUCCGCCCAUUGUCCUGACUGCUCUGUUAUGGUAACUUGAUAUCUCAGAGCCAGACACAGGAAAGGUACACAGUAUGCAUUGGUCCCAUCCGUAUUCCAGAAUCUUCCCUGUGGUGAGAGCAGCCAUGCCUGAGGAGGUGUGGCCUGAGAUUACAAAGCCUGUCUGCUGAGAAGCCUACCCUUGUGUGCAAGUGGGUAAGGCUGGGGUGGGCAUGUCUGUGUGAGGCCGUGGUGUGCGGGAGCUGUGAUGUCAAUAUGCGUGUGUACUGGAAGCACUUAGAUGCGUGUAGGGCUGAGAACCUAAGGAUAGCUGUAGGGUAGGAACUCUGUGCACAUGGAUGCCCGUGAAUCAGCAUUCCUGUAUGUAUCCUUGUGGGUCAGUGUUGGGACAGGUGACUGCGAACACCCCAGUCCCGGGAGACCAGGCUGAUGGGAUCUAGCGUAUCUCUUCAGUGGCAGCCUCACCCUCUGUGUUGAGGGAACCGAGGAAAAUUGUGGCCUUAAAACGGGGAUCCCAGAGCCAGCUCUCAGGGUUCUGGGGCCCUUUUACCCCUGGCCCCUGAAGAUUAGUGUCUGGCAGGGGAGGGGGGGGCGGAGAAAGGGAUUCUUGGGAUCAGGUACUGAAUAGCAACCAUAGUCUCAGCUUGACUGUGCUGAGACCACAGGGAAGCUACCGGGGUUGCAUCAUUCAUCCGAAAACCAAGCCUGCUCCUCCCGGCACAUUCCUCCCAUCAUCCCCCUUUCCCAGUCACUGUCUUUCUCCUGUUCUGUGGAAGUACCUGUUCAGGCUAGCAGAGCCAGGAUGAGUCUUAGACAUGCCGGCCUCUCAUGGCACAGAGUCAGAAGCUGGAACGGAGAGGGCCGGGGCCGGCUCAAGCCUUGGAAGUCUGGCUACAGCCCUGGGGGCAUCGUGCCAUGGCCACUGCUCCUGGGAACCGCUUACCUGACUGAGUAGCCACGGGCAGCUGAGCGGAACUGACCCUUCUCGGGGCGCCAUCGACGCUGCUGGGCCUGUCACACACGGGACAGGUGGGUGUCACGAGGAUCUUUUUGAGAAAGGAACCGUCUCCCUGGCCUAUUCUGGCCUCUUCUCGCAGGCCACAGUCACUCCAAGCCCGUGGACAGCACGGUGCCUGCCAUUCUCUGUCAACACUGGCUGCAGCCGCUGCUCCCUCCUCCAGGCUCCAGACAGAGAGGACUUUGUUUCCCCACUGGCCGCUGCUGUCUGCCCAGGAGGCUGGGCUGGGAACCAAGGCUAGCAGAUGCUGGUGUCCCCAUCCUCCUGACAUCCUCCCCAGGACCAGGAAGGCUGCAGAGGACAUAAAGUGUCCUUGGAUUUUCCUCUGCAUGGACAGCUCCAUGGGGCUGAGGUGGGGAGGGAAUGUCCUAGGAGUGUGGUGAGUGAACCUGUACUUGAGAGUUCCUACAGGCCAUUGGCUGAGCUCAGAUUCUGGCUGCCUUCUGUUCUGUGAGUGCUGUGUGUGUGCAUGUGUGCGUGUGUGUGUGUACGUGUGUGUGUGUGUGUGUGUGUGUGUGUGUGUGUGUGUGUGUGUGUGGUGUGUAUGGGCAGAAGGACCACUCUUUCCUGGAGACCUCUUGACCCUUAGCACUGGAAGGGACCUUAGAGGCAUCUAACCCGGUGUGCCCAUUGUACAGGUGAGAAAGCUGAGGUUCAGAGAGAAGGCACCUGCCUAUCCCCAUCCCUCUCCCUUCCAUGUGUGGCCAGCCUUCGUUGCCCAGGGGCCCUGUAAGAAAUGCUCUCCCUCCUAGCACCUUCUUGCUCUCCAUCCAGACACCCCAUUUCCCCCCAUCUCAGCCCAGUUGGGCCGGAGGGGGACUGCCCCAGGGCACCCCCCAGGCACCACCACCCCCUGCCCCAGGGCAGCCUGCUCACCAAGUCCUUAUCCCCAGCCUAUAAGGGACAGGAAAGAGGGGACUGUUCCAGCCCUGGGGCCUCAUAGAUGGGAGGAAAGCCAACCCCUCCCCAUAUGCCCAGGCCCAUGUGUCUGCCCCACCCACCCUGCUACUGAGGUAAAAGCACAACAGGAGACCCCCCACUCACGGGUGACAUGCCUUGGGGUCGUCUUGGGUCUCACGACCUUGCCUCACCCCUUCGCCUUGCUCUCUGUCUCCACCCAGCCUCUGUUCCCCCAUUGCCCACCUUUCUCUCUCUCCCACGAACCCCAAAAUGUAACCUCUAGUUGCGGCCAUGGUUGUUUCAAUCAAUAAAGACGCAGUGUUCUAGAACUCA